CUUUAUCACACGGGAAACCUAUAGUGAUAACGCAGUCGACCCGCGGAGUUCCUACAACACGGAUCACUGUUCACAACCAUGGCGCCAACCGAACAACUCACCGAAACGGACUUAAAAGAAUUAACAGUAAAAUUCAACAACGAAAACUAUGACUUAAAGAAGUUCAUGCGCGACCACCCGGGUGGUGUGAACACGUUAUUGCAGUUUAAGGGGAAGUCUAUUAAUUAUGUGAUGGGGAAGUAUGGGCAUAGCACGAGUGCAUACCAUUUGAUGAACGAUUUGAAAGUGAGUGACGUGAACCUGACGGGUGAGGUCAGCGGGAACGGCAGGAUCAUCACCAGUGAGGAGGUGGCGAGGAAAGAGGAUGAAAUCAAAUAUCUGGAGGAGCUUGAGGCGAGGUUAGACUGGUCGAAGCCUCUCCUGUCCCAACUGGACGCCAUCGCCUCUGACUACCACACGUGGGUGAACAGCGCCGUCUACAGGAAGUGUAGGCUCUUCGCAAGCCCCUGGCUUGAAGCCCUGACCUUCACCCCCUGGUACCUGGUGCCUAUAUUCUGGAUACCCAUCAUACUGUAUCUUGCAGGCACGCAGUUCUUUGAGCUGGUCGCUUGUGGAGAAUCAUGUCAACAGACCCCUCUGACCACCUUGCAGUAUAUUUACCAUAUAAUCCUAGGAGUAUUAUUAUGGACGGCCUUGGAGUAUACCCUACAUCGCUGGGUUUUCCAUUUUGAUCCUGGCAGCUCACCAACUUUGAUCAAGCUACAUUUCCUUAUCCACGGGAUGCAUCAUAAGGUCCCUUUCGACGGUCUCCGCCAGGUGUUCCCCCCGAUACCGGCUGCUGUCCUCACUGCGGUCAUAUACUCCAUGCUGAAGCCGAUGCUUACCUACCCCGUUGUAAAACUAACAGGAGCUUUAAUAGGUUACCUAGCAUACGAUAUGACACACUACUACGUGCACCACGGCUCGCCGACUGACGGCUCCUACCUCUACGCCAUGAAGAGAUACCACUCCAACCAUCACUUUAUCAACCAUGACAAAGCUUUCGGCAUCACAAGUGAACUCUGGGACCACGCCUUUAAAACUUUCGUGAAAGUUAGGAAAUUAGGUUUUAGUUUACAUUGGUAAGAUAAAACUUAGUUUUUAAGGGAUCAAACAAAUGUUCAUACAUACGUGUAGACAGUAGAACAAUGUAAUGUAUUUUUUUCUGUGAAACCAAAGUUAAUGUUAGUUAAUUCUUGUAAAUACAUAUUGCGUAUUUAAGAAGCACAGGGCAUAGAAUUAAAUCAAACAUACGCCAAAUGUAUGAAAAUGACAUGUCGUUUUUAUAAGUGACGUGACUUCGACCUGUCAUUUCCAUACAUUGGAGAGUUAUCCGCCAACGGCAACGAUUUUCCAAAUGUCACUUGGCUAGAAUGGCUAGUGUGGAAGCGUGACAGAGCUACAAGACGUAGAGUCGUGUCUCUCUUCCACAACUGCAAUGUCAUUACUUUAAGAGGUGAUGGGAGGCUCUCAGAAUCUGAAGUCUAUAACUCGCCACAUAUAAAUGAUGUUUUACGAUAGUGACAGUAAUUGUGCUUUCUAUUAUUGUAACGUAUAAAGUUAUCUAUAUAAUUAUACAUUUAAGGACCAAUGACGUCAGAUACUCUUUUAAUCAUACUUAAAACUGGACAGGCCAAAAUGAAAAUGAGUGUUAAUUACGCAACUGUGAAAUAUUAAGAUUUUACUUUUAGUAAUUGUUAAAGUACAGAGUUAUUGUAACUGUAAUAAAAAUACUAAAAGCACCCGUUAAAAAUAAAAUGUGAUACUUGUUAAUUAAAAUAAAUGUAGUCUAUUUAUUAUUAGUUGUAUCUAGGAUAUAGGGAGUAAACCAGUGUACAAUUACUUUCUUAAU